CGAAUAAGAACUGUAGAAAUGGAAUGCAAAUUCAAAAAUAAUGAUCGAAACAUUUUUCAAGUUAUUUUAAUAUAUUUUAAUAAAACAGAAAAUAGUCCCACCUCAAAACAAACAUAGGAACUUGAUAAGGAAGUAAUUACAGUCCUUACUACUGGAGCUCCAGAAGCAGAUGAUAAUUCUGUGGAAUUUAAUUACAAAGAAAGAGCUUACAGAGUUCGCGAAAAUCAAAAUAAGGCCAUCGUAUUUUUUCAACAAUUUGGCAAUAUCAAAAGGAUGUCCUCAGAUGCAGAUGAACAAGAAACAAAAAAGAGUGAGGAUACAGUUGAAGAAUUGGAUACCAAGCGAAGAAAUAAGUUCAAUUUUUGUGAUAGAGCAACCCAAACUCCGACAUUUUUGCACAUGGAGAAGGAGACUGAAACAGUACCUACUCCUCAGUUUGUUUUUGAGGGCACAGUAUCACUAUCUGAGAUAGUCAGUACUUAUCAAGAAAGAGAGGUAACAGAGGGAAAGAAAACAAACGAAGAAGACGUAACUAAAAUGACAAAGAAGAACUUUCGAAAGAAUGAAUCAGGCCAAGAUCCCUUGACGAAAUUACGAUUUUUUCGAAUUUGUGAAAGAAUGAUAGACCAGAACUUGCUUUCCGAUGUUAAUAUAGAUUUCAGUUUUUAUGAUACUCCUGCGGAUGAAUUCAAAGAUAAAGGAAUGGGUUCGCUACUGGCCCUUUGGAAGUUCAGCUAUCAACCCAUGAAGGGAUUGUCUAUCACAAGCCUGAGUUGGAAUAGUCAGUAUCCUGAUAUGUUUGCUGCAGCUUUUGGUGCUUAUAAUGUAGCAAAGAAAGGCCAGGGCGGAUGCGUCUGCAUCUACAGCUUAAAAAGCCCCUCCCACCCGGAAAAAGUAUUUCCAUGCAAAACUGGAGUCCAUUGCCUAGAAUUUCACAAACAUUUCUCAUACUUAUUAGCUGUAGGUUUUGCCGAUGGUACUGUGGCUGUCUAUGAUUUGAGAAAAAUCGGAACUUCACCAGAAGCAGUCAAUAAAAAUUCCAGAUUGGAGCAUAGUGACAUAGUCAGUCAUGUAAGAUGGCUUCCUGACAGUAUCGACGGACAGCAUAACUUUUGCUCGAUAUCUGCUGAUAGUAAGGUUAUAAACUGGCUGUUGGCAAAGUCUGAACUGAUACCAGCUGAAGUUAUAAAUUUUUACCAAAAUGAUAUCUUUACUGGAAACUCAGGGAAUGAUCGCUUUGUAAGCUGUGGAACAUCGAUUUCUUUCAAUCCAAGUUGCAGCGAUCUUUUUUUGAUCGGAACUGAAAAUGGGUUAAUUCACAAAUGCUCCAAUUUGUUCACUGCUCAAUAUUUGGAUUCUUACAAAGAUCAUCAAAACAUUGUGUACAAUGUUCAAUGGAAUCCAUUUCAUCCUAGAGUAUUUUUGUCCUGUAGUGCUGAUUGGACAAUAAGGAUAUGGGACCAUUCAUUAAAAUUUGAUUAUUUUAGGGAGUCUGUUUUUACUUUUGAUUUAUUGAAUGAAGUUAAAGAUGUUACUUGGGCACCAUUUUCUUCUUCCCUUUUUGCCGCUGUUACAAAUGAUGGAAAGGUACAUAUAUUUGAUAUAAUGAUGAAUCGGCAUCAACCAACAGCAACAUAUAAUUUAUAUACAUCCAAGAAAAAUGUUAAUCUCACAAGCGUUCAAUUCAAUCCAGUUAAACCUGUUAUUAUUGUAGGCGAUGACAAGGGUUCAAUAAUCAGCUUCAAGCUAUCGCCAAAUCUACGAUCCUCAUUAAAGGUAUUUGAAGCAACUGAAAAAUCGAAAUUUGCAUCGUCUGAAAAAGAUAAAAUGGAAAAGAUUUUGAAAUUGGCAAGAAAUCUGGAGAAUUGAAAAUAAAAAUUGACAUUUCAUUACUUUUAAUAUUAUUUCCACAAUAAGCAGUUAUAAUAAUUGCAAUACUUUUAACUAAUUUCAGAUAUUCAAAAA